AGUCAGUGUUGUGCGCGGGGUUGUGCGACAUGGUCGUGUCGCGCUGAUAAGCCUUAUCACAAGUGACGUCCGGUCAACAUGUUAUCAGAGUUAGUGUCGCGGUUCCGCGGUGACAAGUCGCGGCGACUCGAGGAGGAACGGUUACUCGCCGCCGCUGCAAACAGGGACCGCAGCAAGUCCCUUUGUGUGGAACGACUGACGUCACUGCUCAGGCCAGGCUACGACCCUGCGACCCUAGCGGCAAGGGACCUCAACUUGCACGCGCUGCAGAGGAGAAGGGCUUCUUCAGCAAUUUCCACCUCCAGUGAUCUCAUAUCCAGAAGAGGAGUUUUUAGCAGAAGACACUACGGUUCCGUUGAGUUGCUUCCCCAGGUAGAAGUGAACGGCCAAGAACCAAAUGGAAGAAGAUUCCGAGUCGAGAAUGGAGACUCCCUUGGGGAAAAGGAAGAGAUUUUCGGGUCCCCAAGUACGCCAGUGCUUGAGAAUCCGGAAUAUCAAACGCGGUGGUACUUUAAGUACUUCCUUGGAAAACUACAUCAAAACUACGUCGGCAUGGACGCAGACAAGAUACCGUUCUUUCUCAGUGUUGUUCUCACCGACGCCAACAACCAGUGUGUGCCGCAAUACCGCGCUAUACUGUGGAGGAAAACAGGGACCCAGAAAAUAUCAAUACCCUACCUGCCUAAUAAACCCAUGACAGUAAAACAGAUAUUAAGCAAUUUCCCUAACAUGGAAAAGCUUGAAAAGGGACCAAAGGAGAUUUUCUCACCUGAUAUUCAAAAGGACUUACUCCUACUAGAGGAGCAAGAAGGAUCCGUCAAUUUCAAAUUCGGUGUUCUGUACACCAAACCCGCUCAAGUGUGUGACGACGAAAUGUUCAGUAAUGAGACUGGUAGUGAAGAGUUCGACAGAUUUAUUAGUUUAUUGGGUGAUAAAGUUAGAUUAAAAGGCUGGGACAAGUAUAGAGGUGGUCUUGACGUCAAAGGAGAUAUGACUGGAAGACAUUCGGUUUAUACAAUAUACGAAGGCCACGAAAUCAUGUUUCAUGUCUCAACGCUCCUACCAUACUCGAAAGAUAACCGACAACAGGUAGAGCGCAAGAGACACAUAGGUAACGACAUAGUCAACAUCGUGUACGUAGACGGAGGACCUGCAGAGAUGAUCCACUUCAACCCUUCCUUCAUCAAGUCCCAGUUUACUCAUGUGUUUGCCGUUGUCAGCUACUCCGAGGAAGAUCACGGCUACAGACUCAAUGUCUACUCGGAAGAGUCAGUUCCUCUUUUUGGACCAUCUCUCCCGUGUCCUCCGGUGUUCAGGGAGGCCCAGGAUUUCCGGGAAUUCCUCAUCGUCAAAUUAAUCAACGGAGAAAAGGCAGCCUUCAACACUCCAACGUUUGCACAGAAGAGAGAACGGACUCUAGAUAUGCUCAUUAAGGAUCUGUACUCGGAGCACAUGGGCGAUUCGGGGAAAAGCAGCACACAUAUGCCGAUGCUGAAUCGCCGCACGUUCAGCGAUGUGCUCUCCGACCCACCGAGAGGGUCGCGCAGACGUGAGGAAGCUCGACAGGUAGAGUUUGUCAGGAUCGGACAAGCGCUCAAGUUGGACACCAUUGUGAAAGGCGACGCACCCACAAGUCUAGCGACGACUGGACUGUUCAAACGAGCGCCCUGGGAGCCUCAAUGUUUCUACCCGGACUUCAGCCAUGAGGUGACGUGCGGAGACUCGUGGGGCGACGCAAAACUGAUUGUAGCUACUGAUGUAGGCGUUUACCUCGUAGAAGAUGGAGUUUCUCACAAGCAAAUCUUUGACAAAAGUAUCUCAGUCAAGCAGCUAAGCGUUGUCGAGGCUCAUGGCAUUUUACUCUUCAGAGCGGACAAAGGAAGAGACAGCAAGAUGCACGUGUUUCGUCUGUCGGAUUUCGAGGGAGACAUCGAGGUUGGUACGAGAGGAAGAGCGGACCUCAAAGAACAUCGGCUGGACAAAACCCGAGGUUGUUGUCUGUACGCGAUCAGUCGACCUGGAGGCUCUCAUCUACGCAUGGUUGUCAGCCUGGGUCGCAAGUUACUACUGAUGCAAUGGCGCCACUCUGCCGCAUGGACUGCCUGGUGUCCUGCUAGUGAUACGGAUACAGUAGAAGGCUUCCAGUAUCUCAAGGAGUUCCAAGUAAAUGACACCCCAGUGCUGAUGACCCUAGUGGACGCAUCACUGGGAGGUGCAGGACUCACUGGAGCAACGGGAGACAACGUCAUCUGUGUGGGUUAUCGCAGCCAGUUCGACAUCGUCAACGAGCGCACGGGCGAAGUCUCUCAUCUGUUCAGCGUCCAAGACUCCACCAGAGGUCACCUUGUGGCUGCCAUUGACCUCUAUGAAGAUGAAGAACCCGAGCUGCUUUUGUGCUACAACAAUACUUGCCACUUUCAAAAGCUGUCGAGUAAUUCACCCAGCAGUACUGAGUUUGACUUCCAUUGGAACACAAUUCCUUCUCGUAUUGUUUGUGCCUUCCCAUACAUCCUCGCCUUCACCUCUGACUCAAUGGAGAUUCGUCUCAUCAUCAACGGAAACCUGGUACAACACAUGGCCAUGCCCAAGCUCACCCUUAUCUGUCCCAAGAAUGACAUAUUCUUCGCUACGACAGCCCCAGAAUUCUUCCAGAGCCGAGCGGAGAGGCUUCAUGUCGACCACAAAAUUGACAGAGAUCCCAGUAUAUCUCCUCCUUCUUCACCACAUUUGUCUCCCGAGGCUCGUCCGUUCAGACUCUACCGCAUCUCCCUGACUGCGAUGAGUGGACUGAUAGCACCGUGCGACCGUCGUUGUCCCACGCCCACUCCAGGCCCGGACCCGCCGGAGUCAUCCGGAACAUCGGAUCCGGAGCGACCUAAGUCCGGAGCAUUCCUCACUGCGGAGCCGUCUCGUGGUCUCAGUCGAAGCUGUUCGUCUUCCCCGACUCCUCAACCCAACUGACUCCAACUUCCCACUCUCGACCACAUGUCUUUCUCUACUUCCCUUCUUUGUACAGCGGAAAUUAUCAAACUGCGGUUGUGUUGUACGUACAAAUAUUCUACUCUAUGUCUUUACAGGGUGUAGAGCAACGUGUAAAUAGACGCUGAAUUACUUGUAUAGUCUAACAUUGUGUUUAAGAGUUAUUAUUUGUGUUACUGUGCUAUUUUGUAAAAUCCAUCGACCAAUACACAAAUGAGUGCUAAGGUUUGUGUAUAAAACUGUAUGCUAUUUAUUGUUUAGCAAAAAUGUAAUGAGGAUUCAUUUAUUUUAUAAAAAAUGUAAAUGGUGAACGAUUAUCAACCAGGUUAAGGAAUAUAUUUGUUUAUUGUAUUUUUAUGAAAGCUUACAGGGAUAAUUUUUAACACAUCCACUUUUUAAAUGUCUUCAAAGUUUAUUCACGAAUUUUAGAGCACUGUUUGAUUUAUCAAAAGAUAUCUGGUGUAAUUCAACUGUAACUUUUGUUUGAACUGAAUUGACCUUCUUACAUUAAAUGUAAAAUUUUUGAAUGUUAAAUACAUUGAUUUAUUUUGAAAAACCAAGAUAGCUUUAACAAAAGCAUAAGUUUGAGAUGCUUUUGAUGUUCUAAUCAAAUGUUAGUUAUCAUAUCAUAAGCUAUUUCUAACUUCGUGAAGUAUUAUAUAAUGGUACUUCAGUAUUAAACGGAGGCCACCAUUACGAAACGCGCCGCGGCACUUAUAGAGGGUUA